AUGGAGGUGGUUCUCGUGGUGGUGGUGGCGGUUCUCGUGGCGGCAGCUCUCGUGGUGGAUAUUCGAGAGGUGGUGGUGGAUUGGGUGGUUCACGAAGAGGAGGAUACUCUCGAGGUGGAUAUGGAGGUCGAUCAUCCUACGGAGGAAGAAGACAAUCCUACGGCGGUGCUAGAAGACCAUCCUAUGGUGGAAGAAGACAAUCUUACGGAGGAAGUCGCUGCUCGUGCUGUUGACAGAGCUCUCGGAUCACGAGUUGCUGCUGGACCAACCGGAAAUGCCAUUGCCAACAAGAUUUCUCAAAUGUAUGGAUCCAACAAUAAAGCCACUGGUUAUUGUGCUCGAGCUGUCCGAACUGCUAUUGAAGCUGCUACUGGAAAGACGAUCCAAAGAACUCAAAGUGCCAAGAAUUAUGGACCUAAUUUGGAGAAGGCAGGAUUCCGAAAGGUUUCUGGACCACCAAGAAUUGGUGAUGUUGCCAUCUUCAACUCUGUUCCAGGUCAUCCACACGGACAUAUUCAAGUGUUGACUGAGAGAGGUUGGGUUUCUGAUUUCAAACAAAGAGAUCAAUAUCCUGGACCUGCUUACAGAAAUAGACAAGCUCCAAUGCAAUUGUAUAGAGCUGAAUAA